GAUGGAGGCGCGGCCAUGGCGCGAGCGGGAGCCGGGGCCGCGGCCGCGGCCGCGCCGGGCGAGGGGAGCGGCGCGGCGGGGCGCCCGGCGGAGGAGCUGUCCCUGGAGGAGGUGCUGAAGGCCUACGAGCAGCCGGUCAACGAGGAGCAGGCGUGGGCCGUCUGCUUCCAAUGCUGCCGCGGGCUGCUCCAGCCGGACCCGCCGCCGCCGGGCGCGGAGGAAGGGCGGCACCGCCGCCGCUGGGGACCGGCCGGACGCCUCCGCGACACCGCCGAUCUCCGCCUGCACAAGGACGGCGCCGUCUCCGCCCGCGGCGAAUACGGCGAGGCUGAGCUUCCCCUGACCCUGAUGCCUGCGGCUGAAGCACAGAUGGUGCAGUCCCUGGGCUUCGUCAUCUACCGGGCCCUCGACUGGGGCCUGGAGGAGAACGAGGAGCGUGAGCUGAGUCCCGAGCUGGAGCGGCUCAUCGACCUGAUGACCAACAGCGAUGCCAAGGACAGUGGGGGCGGCAGCGCUGCGGACGAAGGCUACAGCGGGCAGGAGGACGAGGAAGAGGCAGUGGCCGAGGGGCACCUAAGCGCGGUUCGCACUUUCAGCCAAGUGCUGCGGCUCUGUGCAAGCCGCCUCUCCCAGCCCCAGGAGGCCCAGGCCCACUACCAGGCGGUGUGCCGGGCGCUGUUCCUCGAGACGGUGGAGCUGAAGGCCUUUCUGGCCAAGAUCCGGGAUGCCAAGGAAAUGCUGACCAGGCUGAAGGAUGAAGAGCUGAGGGACCGAUCGGCAGCAGAUCUUGAUAACCUGAGGAACACGGACUGGGCUCGGCUCUGGGUCCAGCUCAUGCGAGAACUUCGGAACGGUGUGAAGCUCAAGAAGGUCCAGCAGAAACAGUUUGACCCCCUGCCUACAGAAUACCAGCUGACGCCAUUUGAGAUGCUGAUGCAGGACAUCCGAGCCCGCAACUAUAAGCUCCGCAAGGUCAUGGUGGAUGGUGACAUUCCACCCAGGGUGAAGAAGGAUGCUCACGAACUCAUUUUGGAUUUCAUAAGAUCCCGUCCACCUCUGAGACAGGCUUCUGAGCGCAGACUGCGCCCCAUGCCUCAGCAGCAGAGGACGCUCCAUGAAAAGAUCCUGGAGGAGAUCAAGCAGGAACGGAAGCUUCGGCCCGUGGAGCUGCAGCGCCAGAACCAGAGAGGGUUUGGCUCCUUGCCCUGCCUCGUGAAUGCCUCCUCCAGCAACAUGAAAUCGACCUCUUGCAUCAACCUCUCCGUUUCAGAGUCCUGUGCCCCACCUCAGCGCCAGAGGCCGAGGGUCCUGCUGAAGGCACCCACGCUGGCGGAGAUGGAGGAGCUGUUUGUUUCAGAAGAGGAAGACUCUCCCUGCUCAGAGGCUGUCCAGGAGCCUGGCCCCCUGAUGCCCCUGAAGCGGGAUCGCUCCUUCUCGGAGCAAGACCUGGUCCAUUUUCGGCGUGACAGUGAGAGCUGCGAGCCCCACCUGGAGUACUUCAGACCCGGUGUGUCAGACCCGAGGCCUCGCUCAGGUACCAUGAACUCUGCAUGGACCAGCAUGGAAGACAUGGGUUCUGUCCUGACCAGCUGCCACCAAGUCCCCUGCCGGGUCAGCUCGUGUCCUCGGAAACAAGACGCCCUCAGUUCAGUGGAGGAGAAUUUGGAGGCCGGCUCUGCCCCGGUCACAGAUGCGAGUUUGAAAUAUCUGUGGCUGCAGGAGUUCAGCCACCCUGUAGAAAGCCUGGCGCUCACAGUGGAGGAAAUGAUCAAUGUGCGCCGGGUGCUGGUGACAGCUGAGAUGGAGAAGUUUGUUCAGAGCAAGGAGCUGUACACCAGCCUGAAGAAAGGGAAGAGCUGCUGCUGCUGCCGAACCAAGUUUACGCUGUUUUCCUGGCCCCCAACCUGCCUCUUCUGCAAGAGGUCUGUCUGCAGCUCCUGCAGUCUGAAGAUCAAGAUGCCCUCAAAGAAGCUUGCCCAUAUCCCGGUCUACGCCCUGGGCUUCGAGACGUUGCACGGCUCACUGGGUGCCAAGGCUCCUGCAGCCCGCCGGCAGGAGGCUUUCCACUCUCUGCAGGGCACCCGCUGGCGCAGCGUGGAGGAGGAGUUCCCCUGCAUCUACACCCACGGUUCGGUGCUCAAGGACGUUUGCCGUGACUGCUCCGGGUUUGUCACGGACGUCGUCAGCUCCAGCCGCAAAAGCAUGGACAUCCUCAACACCAAGCCGGGCAGGAGCCGCAAGACCCAGUCCCUGUACAUCCCCUCCAGCUAGAGGCUCCUGGAGCGCCCCCCAGCCUGCCGCCACCCCCACUAACGGCAUCCAGCCCUCGCUCUGGGGGCCUCUGGGAAGGCCUGGCAGCCGCAACUCUCUGGCAGAGGAAAGCGGCCAGCUGCCCCCGGGCUUUGGGGGUCUGCUCCCUCCCGCCUUCCUUGCCUGACCCCCCCUUCCAAGAACAUCUGCCUGCCUGCUUAUGGACAUAUACAUAUAUACAUACAUAUAUAAAUAUAUACACACACACACACACA